CGGUGAUGAGUCAGUGCGUGGUGCUGAUGCUGCUGCCAUUUCAUCACCUCUGCGAGGGAGCGAGCGAGCGCGGUGCCUCCAUCCUCCGCUCGCUCGCUCGCUCGGCGCCUGGGCCUACCUCGCCUUGGGCUCCGGGGCCAGCGAUGCUCUCGCGGCCGCUCUAGAGCCCGAGCCCCCGCGUCUCCUCCGAGGCCUUCGGUGGGGGAGCCCCGUCGCCGCCCAGGCCCAGGCCCCGGGCCCCAGGAGACCUGCGAGCCCAGCCAUGGAGGCCAUCUGGCUGUACCAGUUUCGGCUCAUUGUCAUCGGGGAUUCCACGGUGGGCAAGUCCUGUCUGAUCCGCCGCUUCACCGAGGGCCGCUUCGCCCAGGUUUCGGACCCCACGGUGGGGGUGGAUUUUUUCUCCCGUCUGGUCGAGAUCGAGCCAGGCAAACGCAUCAAGCUCCAGAUCUGGGAUACCGCGGGUCAAGAGAGGUUCAGAUCCAUCACGCGAGCCUACUACAGGAACUCAGUAGGUGGUCUUCUCUUAUUUGACAUUACCAACCGCAGGUCCUUCCAGAAUGUCCAUGAGUGGUUAGAAGAAACCAAAGUACAUGUUCAGCCCUACCAAAUUGUGUUUGUUCUGGUGGGUCACAAGUGUGACCUGGAUACAGAAAGGCAAGUGACUCGUCAUGAGGCAGAGAAACUGGCUGCUGCGUAUGGCAUGAAGUACAUUGAAACAUCAGCCCGAGAUGCCAUUAAUGUGGAGAAAGCCUUCACAGACCUGACAAGAGACAUAUAUGAGCUGGUGAAAAGGGGGGAUAUUACAAUCCAGGAGGGGUGGGAAGGGGUGAAGAGUGGAUUUGUACCAAAUGUAGUUCACUCUUCAGAAGAGGUAGUCAAAUCAGAGAGGAGAUGUUUGUGCUAGUCAGCCCUUUGAUGUCCAAAACAUGCUCUCCCACCUGAACUUAAAAGUGAUUGAAAUGAAUAAAACUUUUCUGUGACUAACAGGAACUCAACCUCCAUUUCGGAUAUCCAGUGAGCCUCCUUCCCCGGGGGGGGGGGGGGGCGGGGGGAUGCUGUGGGUGGAGCCCAUGUGCUGUGACUCCUCGAGGGUCUGAAUUACUGGCCUUGGCUAGGCACUGUCCUGUGGCUGCUCUGUCUGCCCUUUGUGGACAAGGGACCGCAACUCGGGGAGGGUGGGUAGGCCCCAGGGAAAAACACCCAGAAACAGAAUAAUUGAUUCCUGGUAUUUCUGCUUAUUCAUAUGUCACGAGCAUAAAGACAUCUAUAAAGAGGGACAAAGUAUCAUUUUAGGAACAAUUAGAAAAACUGAAAAAAGCUGCGAGAUUAACUUAUUUGUAAGAAGAUUCCAUACCAAAUGCAUAUGCUGGAGGCUGGUUACAAGGUACCAAAUUAGCUUCUAAACAGCUCUGUGAAAAGAGAAGUGUGGACCAGCUCAUUUACUAAGAUCCUUUUAAGUCUCAUAUUCUAGUCAAAAGGGAGGGCAUACGAAGAAGGAGGCUCUUUACACACUGUUAUUAUCACAGUCAAUGCCAAUGCAUAUCCUUGUAAUCGCAUAGCCAGCUGUGUGAAAGAAAUUUUCCCCUUGCAAGUGACCAUGUAAGUAGAAGACAGAAACUCUGUGAUCCCAAUGUCAUACUCUCUUUCUCCUCUUGAUCAUGCUUAUAGUUUUGCUGCGUUGGUGACCACAUCUAGAAGUAAGAAAUCUGCCUCUCUGGGUACCUGGAGGCAACAGCAAAGGUAUUGCCCCAACAAAGAGCCCUGAAGCAAGUCCUGGCCCACUAAUCCUAUAUUAGAGCACUGUAGUCCUUACAAACACCUUAGGAGCACUUGAGUUAACUUACUUGAUCAUUGUAACAGGACCAUGAGUUUCUUCCCCAUUUCACUAAGAGACUCACCUAACUCCUAGUCCUUGUUUCAUCACCUUAUCCUGCUGUCAGAUGUGAACUGUUAUUAAUUUGUUUACUUUGGAAGAGAUAUGACUGUAAAUAAAUGUUCUAUACAUGUUA